AUGGCUCUGGCGGCAUACAAAAAUUUGAUGCGCGCAGCACGCAUUGCUUUUCAAGAGAGGCUUAAAGGCGACGCCCCAAUCCUGGCUGCCGCUCAACAACAAAUUCGCCACGAAUUCCGACAAAAGUCCUCUCUCAACUCGUCCGAUGCGUCUACUCAAGAGGCUAUUCAGCAUGCGCAAGAAGUGGCCAACUUUCUGAAGGCCAAUGUGGUCCAGGGAAAGCGGAUGGAGGGUGGGGAGAAUAUGUACCAGCUUCGAAUCCAUGAACACACCGAGAGAGGCGACAAUGAAAGCGUAAAGACUGCAGGAAGCGGCGCAGUUGGUGGCGGGUGCUGCGGUGGCAACGGGAGAUAA